CUUUCAAGUACAAAUUCAAUCUUGAUUACCACAUGGCUAAACACAUUCCCAAAAAGCGUUUUGAAUGUGUUUUCUGCAAGAAAUCAUUUGUAUUGCGCUAUGAACUGCAAAUCCAUCUUAGGACUCAUACAAAUGAAAGACCGUAUAAAUGCCAGUUUUGCUCCUUUGCCUUUGCACAUCAAACAAAUUUAAAGAAUCAUCAGAAAGUUAAACAUAAUAAAGAGUUAAUUAAUAGUUUAAUCCUUAACCACACUAAAGAGGACAAUGAUGCAAGCUCCAAUGAAUGUUUGAAAGAAAAUCAUUUGGAAAUCACUACAAACGAAGUCGUAGAAGAACAAACACAGGAGUUAGAACAAAAUCAUACAGAUUUAAGUUUUUCUUUGGAUUUUCAAGAGUUUUCUAAUGAUUUGAAGAAUGUUAAAGGUGAAGUGUAUUCUACUGAUACACAAGACUUUAAGGAGGAUGAAGCUGUGAUGGAAACUGAUUUACUGGACAAUAAUUGUUCUACUGAUACACAAGACUUGAGGGAGGAUGAAGCUGUGAUGGAAACUGAUUUACAGGACAAUAAUGGUGCUAACACUUUAGAAACAAGUGAUGUUAGUAAUGUACUAAUGGAUGGUAUUGAUGAACGUUUUAAAUAUUUACCUAAAAAUGCCACUGUUCAUAUAGAUAGCAAUAUCUUAAAGGCUUUAGAAUCCUCUGAACUUUUAGGUUUAAAGAAAUGGCCAAAAUCUUUUCAAAAUACAACAAAAACUAAUGUUCAAUAUAGUUCUUCAUUAGCAAAUGAAACUAAAAAGUCAUUAAAUUCUGGAGAAAAAGAAGAAAAUUUUUAUGCUAAUGAGAAAACUACAGAAAAUGAGGUAGAAUGUGUAGCAAAGGAGUUUUUAAAUGAAUGUACUUCACAGUCAAUGGAUUGCGACUACGAUUCGCAAAAUAAGUCUGUAACAAAAUAUGAAGCUUCAGCAAUCAAUGUCGGUAGUGAUGCUGCAACAAAUUCCAUGGAAUUAGAUGUUAAUACCAAUUCAUCAAUGGCAUUUGAAUCCUCUGAAAGUGCUAAAGCCUUUAAAGGGGAAUCUUUACUUCAUUUAAAUGAGGAUCAUAGAAAAAACCAUCAAAUCUUAAAUUUUGAACUUCCCAGCGGUAGUACUCUUACUAAAGGUGGCAAAUUUAUAAAUAUUUCAAAGCUUUCGGAAGCUUCCAGCUCUGGUCUAGACUUCAAAACUUCAAGCCAUUUAAAACAAGUGAAAAUUAUAGAAAAUAACUUUAAGACGUUACAACAAACUAAAAAUAUAACAUCCCCUAAAGAUAAUACCAUGGAAAUUUCUAAAAUGUCCAAUACAAAUGAAGAAACUAACACCAAAUCCUGGAAAGUUAUUAAAAUAAGUUCAAGACCUGUUAAGCUAAGAAAUAUUUGUAAUUUAAACAACUUAACUGCACAGCAGGAAGUCUUAAACUCUAAUACUGCAGCUGCAAAACUCAACAAUAUAAACAUCUUUUCAAAACAAACUUCUAACAAAGUUCUUUCAAAAACAAAAGUUCAACAAAGUAGAACUCCAAAUAACGCUGCCAAAUCCAGUAAUUUAAUCAUUUCCCAAGUGCCUAGUAAUGCUAAUAACUGCUCGAAACCAUCCCUGUUAAAACCUAUUGAAAAAUCCCCACAAAGCAAUACUUUAUGUCUAACAAAUCCUACGAAAAACUCCAUUAACUUGUGCAACAAACCUUUAAUUACAAACAUAGAAAUAUUGCCACCUUUAAAUACACUCCCAACAUUGCGCAAUAAUCCCUUAAAGCCGGUACCAGUAACUUUAAUAAAACCCCCUAAAGAUUAUAAAUAUCAAUGUCCUCACUGCUAUAAAUAUUUUAAACAAAAGUCUCCCUUAACAAAACAUUUACGCACUCAUAGCGGCGAAAAACCCUACAAAUGUAAUCUAUGUCCCAAAUCUUAUGCCGAUGCCUCCAAUUAUAAGAAACAUAAAAUUUUACAUAAAAAUGCUGCCGAAGCUUUAAAUAUAAGCCGUUCUAAAGCUUAUGCUGUACACAAUUCUCCUGCCUAUUCUACUGUCUCCGAUCCCGAUCCAGAUGGUAUCGAAAUAUUGCAAACCUUAAAAAAGUUUGAAAAUACUAACGCUAAAGCUGAGGAAGAUGAUGAUGAUGUUACUUCUUUAACUUCAUCCACUAUGGAAUCUUAUAUGUGGCAAGAUGCUUUAGAAAAUGUUUUAAAUAAUGAGGAAAUUGUGGAAAAUAUUAAAAAGAAUUUAGCCGGUAUUAAUAAUGCUAUUAUGCCGAAGAGUAUACAACAAAUGGCUACGAAAAUGCCAACAAAUCUUUGUGAUAUAAAUAGUUUUUCCAGUGAGGAUCCGGAUUAGGAG